GGCCUAUUAGAGCCUUUGCCCGGCUGUCAGUGACUCAGUGUUCGCGGGAACGCAGCCUCAGCUUCGACACCAGCCAACCCAGAUCCCGAGGUGCGCCAGCGCCCAGCCCAGAUCUCCACGCCUGCCAGGAGCGAGCUUAGAGGCAGUCGCCGGCUCGCUGUGCCCCUGAGCAGCCUCUGUCCUUCUGUCCAAGUCCCGCGUCCUUCUUGGGACCCCUGCCCAGCGGGCAGCACUGCCACCCUGCCGGCCAUGGAGACCCCGUCCCAGCGGCGCGCCACCCGCAGUGGGGCGCAGGCCAGCUCUACUCCGCUGUCGCCCACUCGCAUCACCCGACUUCAGGAGAAGGAGGACCUGCAGGAGCUCAAUGACCGUCUGGCGGUGUACAUCGAUCGCGUGCGCUCCCUGGAGACGGAGAACGCAGGGCUGCGCCUUCGCAUCACAGAGUCUGAAGAGGUGGUCAGCCGAGAGGUGUCCGGCAUCAAGGCGGCCUACGAGGCCGAGCUGGGGGAUGCCCGCAAGACCCUCGACUCUGUGGCCAAGGAGCGCGCCCGCCUGCAGCUGGAGCUGAGCAAAGUGCGGGAGGAGUUCAAGGAGCUGAAGGCUCGCAAUACCAAGAAGGAGGGUGACUUGCUGGCUGCCCAGGCCCGGCUUAAGGACCUGGAGGCUCUCCUCAACUCCAAGGAAGCUGCACUGAGCACUGCUCUCAGUGAGAAGCGCACCCUAGAGGGUGAGCUCCAUGACCUGCGGGGGCAGGUAGCCAAGCUUGAGGCAGCCCUGGGUGAGGCUAAGAAGCAACUUCAGGAUGAGAUGCUUCGGCGAGUGGACGCUGAGAACAGGCUGCAGACCCUGAAGGAGGAACUGGACUUCCAGAAGAACAUCUAUAGUGAGGAGCUGCGUGAGACCAAGCGCCGGCAUGAGACCCGGCUUGUGGAGAUUGAUAACGGGAAGCAGCGUGAGUUUGAGAGCCGGCUGGCCGAUGCCUUGCAGGAUCUGAGGGCCCAGCAUGAGGACCAGGUGGAACAGUAUAAGAAGGAGCUAGAGAAGACAUACUCUGCCAAGCUGGACAAUGCCAGGCAGUCUGCCGAGAGAAACAGCAACCUAGUGGGGGCUGCCCAUGAGGAGCUCCAGCAGUCUCGGAUCCGCAUCGACAGCCUCUCAGCCCAGCUCAGCCAGCUCCAGAAGCAGCUGGCAGCCAAGGAGGCAAAGCUGCGUGACCUGGAGGACUCCCUGGCUCGCGAGCGGGAUACUAGCCGGCGGCUGCUGGCGGAAAAAGAGCGAGAGAUGGCCGAGAUGCGGGCGAGGAUGCAGCAGCAGCUGGAUGAGUACCAGGAGUUGCUGGACAUCAAGCUGGCCCUGGACAUGGAGAUCCAUGCCUAUAGGAAGCUGCUGGAGGGCGAGGAGGAGAGGCUACGCCUGUCUCCCAGCCCUACCUCGCAGCGCAGCCGUGGCCGCACCUCUUCUCACUCAUCCCAAUCGCAGGGUGGGGGCAGCGUCACCAAAAAACGCAAGCUGGAGUCCACUGAGAGCCGGAGCAGCUUCUCGCAGCACGCUCGCACUAGCGGGCGUGUGGCUGUGGAGGAAGUAGAUGAGGAGGGAAAGUUUGUGCGGCUGCGCAACAAGUCCAACGAGGACCAAUCCAUGGGGAACUGGCAGAUCAAGCGUCAGAAUGGUGAUGACCCCUUGAUGACAUAUCGCUUCCCACCAAAGUUCACCCUAAAGGCUGGGCAGGUGGUGACGAUCUGGGCUGCAGGAGCUGGGGCCACCCAUAGCCCCCCUACUGACUUGGUGUGGAAGGCACAGAACACCUGGGGUUGUGGGAACAGCCUUCGUACAGCUCUCAUCAACUCCACUGGAGAAGAAGUGGCCAUGCGCAAGCUGGUGCGCUCAGUGACCAUGGUUGAGGACGACGAGGAUGAGGAUGGAGAUGAUCUGCUCCAUCACCACCACGGCUCCCACUGCAGCAGCUCGGGGGACCCCGCCGAGUACAACCUGCGCUCACGCACCGUGCUGUGUGGGACUUGUGGGCAGCCUGCCGACAAGGCUGCCACUGGCUCAGGAGCCCAGGUGGGCGGAUCCGUCUCCUCUGGCUCUUCUGCCUCCAGUGUCACAGUCACUCGAAGCUACCGCAGUGUGGGGGGCAGUGGGGGUGGCAGCUUCGGGGACAGCCUAGUCACCCGCUCCUACCUCCUGGGCAACUCCAGUCCCCGGACCCAGAGUUCCCAGAACUGCAGCAUCAUGUAAUCUGGGACCUGCCAGGCAGGGGUGGGGCCAGAGGCCACCUGCUCCCACCCCACCUCAUGCCCACCUCCUGCUCUGCACCUAAUGGGAGCAGGCCUGAAGCCAAA